AUGGACACCGAGCGGCUCGACAUCCAGAAUACCACUACGUUCUACCUGGACAUGCAGACUACCAUUACGUUCUACCUGGACAUGCAGUAUACUAUUACGUACCUCGACAGGCAGUGCUUCAUCGGGAUUCUCCGGCAGCGUGCUGAGCUUGUGCGGGGCAAGUUGAAGGGUUUCGGUCCUGUACUGCUCUUGCGGAUGGCUUGGUAUGUUGUUGUGCGGUUCAACGGUUGA